CAGUGGCGGCCCUAUGGUAUGUCAAGAUAAUCAGAACAACUGGUACCUUAAAGGGAUAGCGAGCUAUGUAGCUAACUACUGUAACAUGACAAAUCGUCCAAACGUCUUCACUGAUGUACAAACUUAUCUGGGUUGGAUAAACAACAACACAAAGUGUAUUUUCAAAUGUAAAAAUGGUAAAUGUAUUUAUGAUAGUGAGUUGCUAUGCAACAGGGAGGAUAACUGUGGAGACAAUUCUGAUGAGAUAGACCAAUGUGAUGUUUCUGUGAGCUGUACAUUUGACGACAAAUUCAUGUGUGGAUAUGGAAUUGAAGGAUUUCAACAACAAAGACAGAUUUUAAAUUCUCAGGACCCAACAACUUUACCAUCAUUUGACCACACCUUUGGUCGCUAUCCAGGUUAUUAUAUGGCGGGAAAAACCCCAUCAUCUUCAGGAAGUGAGGGGAGACUAACCUCACCAAAGUUCACAAUACAAGGUUCUACAUGUAUCAGAUUUUUCUACAAUCUGCGUGGAGACCUGAAUGCUGGCUUGAAGGUACGAAUGUACACCUUCUCAACAUCAGGAGACAGGUUGCAAGGUCAACAGGUGUAUGCUUCAGGAGAAGGUAUAUUUACUGACAAGUGGAGACUGGGAUAUAUUGAUCUGAGUAUCGGCACAUAUGAGAUUGCGUUCAUUGCCAAUGACGGGAUGCAAGUUGCUGUUGAUGAUGUAUCUAUGCUCAAAGGAAUGUGUUCUCAAUCAGUGUGCCUUGCCAAUGAGUAUAAAUGUACAUCAGAAGCUGGAAGUGAUGCCUGUAUAAACUUUAAUUCCCUGUGUGAUGUUGUCAAAGAUUGCCAUUCAGAUGAACUUAACUGCAAUCAUUCUGAGCGACACUAUAGUUGUGAGUUUGAGAACAGUGUCCUUUGUGAUAUCCAACAGGAGACCUUCGACAAUGGAGAAUGGCUAAUCAUUAACCAGACCUAUACUAAAUCAUUUGUAUUAUACAGUGAAUCUUUCCCAGAUCACACCACAGGAACAGACCAAGGUUAUAUGUUGUUUUUAAUGACAAACCUUUUGAUGAGGUCAGAAUUUGUUGCCAUGUCAUUAGAUGUAUCACUGCAAGACAAAGAUUUCUGUUUGACCUUCUGGUAUAGAUCAAAGACAGAGGCCACUUUCAAGGUUGACAUCCUACACAAUACAACUGUAAUGAAUCUAAUGAGUUUCACAGACAGAACCACAAAAAAUUGGACCAAAGCCCAGAUGCAACUUCCACCAAUGAAUGAUGCUGUUAUUAAAUUCACUGUUGUCACGGAAACACCUGCUAUCCACAGUUACUACAAACCACAUCUGGCCCUAGAUGAUAUACAGAUAUCCAAUGGACUUUGUCCUGAUUAUGGUUGUCCUGAGAAUUGGAGUAAGUGUGGUAAUGAGAACUAUUGUUAUUCACCUGAAGAAAAAUGUGACAGAAAACUACAAUGUUCAGAUGAAUCAGAUGAAAUCAACUGUAAUUGUACCGCUGAUGAGUUCCGUUGUAAUAGUGGAAGAUGUAUACCGUUAUCUCAGAAGUGUGAUCGGAUUGGUCAGUGUUUGGACGGCUCAGAUGAGGGAGAUAUAUGUGAUCCUAUGAAUGCAGUGUCUUGUAUCUUUGAAAGUCCUUAUCUUUGUGGGUAUACAGUACUGUCCAACAGUUCACUAACAAAUGAGUACAAAUGGUUGUGGACUUCCGGUGAAACACCAUCUUUUUAUACUGGUCCCAAGACAGACCACACCACAGGAACACCUCAAGGGCAUUAUAUGUAUGCAGAAGGCAAUGAUGGUACACAUGGAGACCAAGCAAGAAUGGCGUCCAUUUAUUUCUUGACAACAGCCAAUCAGAGUCUUACAUUUUUCUUCCACAUGUUUUUGGCACAAUACACCAAGACUGGAGGUCUGCAGAUAGCGACUAAAGAAGAUGGAUCAGAUAUUGAAAAUGUAAUCUGGUUCCAUAAUGAAUCUUCUGGGGAACCAUGGUUGUCAGGAUGUGUGGAUUUACCAGCCAAUCAAAAUCUGUCUAUCAUUUUCAUAUCCAAUCGGCAUUCUCUUUCUAUACAGGAUGCAGACAUAGCUAUAGAUGAUAUAGCAUUAAGGGAUGGCCUAUGUGGAACGCAUAGUGAACCAGAUGUUACUACGGCUAGCGCUGAAACACCAACAGAAACAACACCUUCUACAGGUUGUGCGUCAGACCAGUUUACAUGUAACAAUGGUAUUUGUAUACCACUAUCAAGUCGUUGUGAUACUUUUAGUGACUGUAUCAAUGGGGAGGAUGAGUUAAAUUGCAAUACUGGACCCUAAUUUGAUGGACUAUUUUCUCUGUGGAAGAUGGAAGAAGAUUACACUACAAUCUUGGCCCAUUGUCAAUAUGGACUAUAUUAUAUAGAGGGAAGAUGAUUAACAAGUGAAGAUGAUUAACACUGCUAUCUUUCAUCAUAUUUCAAUGUGGACUGUAUUUUGUAUUGAAGAUAAUUAAACUGUUAUCAUAUGACGGUUAUAUUGGACCAUAUUCACUCUCUUGUUGGAAUAUUAGUGACUAUUGUAGUAAAUCGGCCAAAUUGUAUUUAUAUACUGUGUAUUAGGGUUGUAAAUUGACUACCUGUAUACUGUGGACCAUUGUUGUAAAUUGACUACUUGUAUACUGUGGACCAUGGUUGUUAAUUGACCUACCUUUACACUAUGGACUAGGGUAGUCAAUCCGUCUACCUGCAUGCUAUGGACUAAGGUUGUGAAUCGGUUGAUUUGUUUUUAAGAACUAUGGUCUGCUGACCCUAAACAUAAAGACAGUGCAGAUGUACUAUAAACAUAUAAAUCUUAUUUUAAAGCAGACAACCAGUUAUUUAUAUAUCUUACAUCUCAUUUAUAUAAUGCUUGCUAAAAUGUGUUUGAAUAUACAAUACUAUGGAUUCAUUUAAUUUUGUUAAAAAAAACCCAAAAAGUUUAAACUACAAGCAUAUAGUUAACAAUUGCAUCAUUAAAAUUCAUUAUUUCCCUGGACACAUUACUGUAGAUUCUUUUAUUUUCGUUGGUACCAAUUUUCGUGGAUUGCAGAAAUCUUCCAUUUUCCAGGAUAUUUGAUUUCAUACUUUUGCCAAAGUUUGGAUACAACUUUAUAGAAAUUUGUUUUUCAUUUAACAUUUUAGUUCGUUGUUCACCUGUACUCAUGAAACCCACGAAUAUUGAUAUUCAACAAAUAAUAAUGAAUCAACAGUAUAUCAAAGAAAAAUUAGUACCCAACAAAUAUCAAUGAACCAAUAGAAUUGUUACCUUUGAAUUCGCCAUUUCAGAAUCUAGUGCAUUCUGGGUAAGAUAUUCAAAAGCGUACACCAAAAUGUUGUGAUUGGUCAAAAACAUUCUAAACAAUUGUAAUUAAACCAAUGACGUAACGUUAUUUUCAUUUUGGUGUACGAACAAUGAGAUUACCCAUAGUCCUUCAGUUUCUGAAAAGGUGAAUUGGUUGUACUGUGAAUCCAUGACCAAGUGUAUGUACUUGUAUGAAAGUAUAAAAGAGUUGUGAUUUUCAACUCAGAUUUUCUCCAUCAUGUCAUUUAUCAAAUUCAUUUGCUGUAUUUAUUUAGGCAUCCCAAUCUAACCCACACAUAACAAAUUUUUAUAUAUAUAUAUAGUCUUCAGUACUGUUAAUUCAGAAAUUAUAUUUUUCAAUGAUUUGAAAAUUAUGAUGUAUAAGGAUCCAAUAAUAAAACUCACAUUCAUUAUUUUAGUAAUGACAUUUUUCCACAAAUCUUUGCAAAUCUUUAAUUUUUUUUGUGGGUACUGAUUUUCUUGUAUUGAGAAAUACUAGCAAUAAGUUGAUAUUAGAUUUCAUGGUUUUAUUUGCUUGUGCAAUGAGUAAGGUAAGCAUUUAGGCCUUUAGAAGAUUUAUAAUUCUUUAAACCUUUGAAAAAGGUCUCAUUGGGGUCUAAGCGUGACGCGAGAUUGCCGACAUUUAGUAAGCGUGACAUGCGAAAGACCAAUUAUUGUGCCGUAAAAACGGGAAAUGAAGUCUAGCAGGAUACGGGAAUUUACAAAAAAAUGAGAAUGUGUAUAGUGUAAGCGGAAUACAGGAAUCUGACAAAACAGGAAUGGGGUAUCUUGUUUAUAGUUUAUUUUUAAGUUAUAUGUCUUUAAAUGUGAUUGAAUGAAUUUUAUGUGACAUAAUAUUUGUUAUUUUUGUAUUUUUUAUACAUAUAAACUUAUCAAUUAUAUCUAUAGACUCAGACGUACUUAUAUACUCAAAUAUAUACUUCAGACUACUUUAUUGUAAUAUAAUAUCAUUGACAUGAUUGAUGUAUAAUUUAUGUGAUUUGUUCAUACAUAUCAUUUAUAAA